AGGGAGGAGUUGUUUUCUGGAAAAUCUCCCAGGAGCAGAGCUAAGGCGGGUGUAGACACAUGCCUGCAGAGAGAGAUCAGUUUUCCUUUCGUCUUGUUGUUGAUGUAACAUUUUUUUUCUGUCUCCCUGCUCUUUUGUCGUCUUUUCUUGUUCUGUGUGGUUAUUUAACUGUUCCCUCAUAAUGGCGGGGGCUAUUAUUGAAAAUAUUAGAAGCCGAAACUUGAAGAUAGUGGGAGCAGUUCUGCUUUUGUUCCAGGUGAUUGCGUUCAUGGUGGGAGGUUUCACUGCUCCCAGCAGAAACACAGCAACGAAUUAUCUAUUCACCAAGUGUGUGGACCUGGGCAAACACUCACGGGAACCAACAUGGUUCAUGCCCUGGGGUCCAGAGCAAUGUGACAAGAUCCAGAGCUAUGACGAGGCCAUGGCGAAAAAUAUUGAGUUGAUUAAUAUUGUUUUCUCGGCCCACAUUCCCAUGAAUACCAGAGGGAUGAGCCCCUGGUUCCAGUCCAUGCAUCUCAUCCUGCAGUUCGACAUCUCAUUAAAGACGAACACACAGAUAGAGAAGGAACUGAUGGCCACCAUGGAGGUUGGACUGGCCUACAGAGAUAACACAGUCAGUGAGUGGACGAAGAUGGUUCGCUCAUUUGAACAGAGGAAGCUCAACUGCAACUUCAUUGAAGCCAAGAUCCCAGAGAAAGAAGGGCUUUAUGAGUGUGACCUGCUGCCAUUCAUGGAGAUGAGCGGUGUGGCCCAUAAGUACUAUCUCCUCAACAUCCGCCUGCCUGUCAAUGAGCAUAAGAGGAUCAACACCGGGAUUGGACAUGUCAACGACAUUUAUCUUGUUGCCAUCCAUCAGAACGGUCUUUUCACCAAAAUGUGGUUUUCCAUGAAGACCUUCUUCACACCCAUCAUCAUCAUCGCCUUGGUCUGGUACUGGAGAAGGAUCAUGGUGAUGAGCAGAGCUCCUCUGCUGCUGGAGAAGGCGAUCCUUGCUCUGGGUAUUUCCAUGACCUUCAUCAACAUCCCGGUGGAGUGGUUCUGUGUUGGCUUCAGCUGGAUGGCUCUUUUAGUAGAUGUCAGACAGGAUAUCUUCUAUUGCAUGCUGCUCUCCUUCUGGAUCAUCUUCUGUGGGGAGCACAUCAUGGACAAAACAAAGAGGAACCGUCUGUCUGUGUACUGGAAGCAGGUUGGACUCGUCGUGUUUGGCUGUUUGUGUCUCUUAAUCUUUCACAUUUAUGAGCGCGUGAUCCAGCUGUCUCACCCUGUAAAAAGCAUCUGGACUUCAGAUGGAGGAGCAGAGCUCUCUAUAGCCUUCAUCACAGCCUCAGGGGCCGGAGCCUGCCUCUACUUCCUCUUCCUCAUCGGUUUCAUGGUUCUUCCAGGCUUCUGCUGCACCAGCAGUAAGAAAGUGUCCCUGCCUGACAAGUCCACAGAUGGAUGCCUGUGGUACAAGGGUCUGAGGUUUUUCGUCCUAGUGCUGGUCACUGUGAUCUGCGCUGCAUUGACCGUCAUCUUCUUCAUCAUCUCUCAGGUGAUAAAACUGUACUUGGUGUACUGGGGCGAGUUCACAGUGCAGGUGAACAGUGCCUUCUUCACCGGCAUCUACAGCAUGUGGAACCUGUACGUGUUGGCCGCCAUGUUCCUCUACGCACCAUUUCAUGAAGCUCAUGGAGACGCUCAGUUGACUGUUGACGAGAUUUGUUCAAAAGACAACCUUGAAGAAUCAGAGAAUGCUCUACAGAAAACUCCCCCAGAGGAAGAGGAUUUUUGAUUCUUCAUCAUCGAUGCAUCAAAUCAAGAGUUUCUCUUUCUGUUUAUUAUUAUCAGGGACUCUGGGCUGCUUUUUCAUUAAAGUUACUGACCUCCUUGAGUGUAGGGUUGUAUGCCAGGGUUCUGUGGUUCCUUGAAAAGGGUCAGUCUUAAAAAGAUUUAGGUGAAGUUAAAAAGACAUUCACAGAUUCGGCCUUUCUGCUUUAAUAACUCAGCAGAGGAUCAUCACAUUUACCAAACCCUCGCCUCUUUUCAGUUACCGUACAGUGGACGGCAAGCCACAACACGAUUUUGCUCAGAUUUUUGUCAAAACGAACUGUCAUCAGGGCUUGAAAAAUUACAUUGUUCUCUAUGCAGGACCGGCUGUGGAUUGGAGGUGAAGGGACCGUCUGCAAAUUACCAUAGCAGAAAUGAAAAAUAUUCAAUGACUCUAAUAUUAUGCAUUGUAGUGACAUUAAACUUACAUCACACAUUUAGCAUGACUUCUACUUCAUACUACAAGACUUAUGUUGAUAAUAAAGGCUUGACUGUAGUUUCAUGAUUUUAUAUAUAUUAAAUGAUGUAAUAAAUCUGUAAUAUCUCUAAAAUUAUACAUUGUUGUGACAAUAAACUUACAUCACACAUUAUUCAUGUCUUCUUU